AUGGCUGGCGGUGACCCACCGUUUGUCAAUCUGUCCCAAAAAGAGUACGGUGAGCAAAAGUGGCGCGGCCGACAAUUAUCUGUGGUUCAGUCGCACAUUGCCUCCUGGCGACACGUACGCCGACGCCAACAAACUUUGACCGAUCCUACAGCUGCGCCUCCUGAAAUAGCAGCAGCGCUUCGACCGCAUGGCAAAAUUGUGCGACGCCCGCAAUGCCCUUCAGCAGAGGUGCCCCAUACCCGGCGACAGCCUCAAGGCACAGCGUUGCAUGAUAGCUCGACACAAGAUGACUCUGUACUUGAAAACACGGAACAGGAGGAUUUGUCGUUCGAGGACUUGAAUAAAAUCUUCCAGCUGGACGAAAACGUCGGCGAGCGCGAAUGUGCAAGCACUAUCUGCAACGCAGCACCGAACGAGAGGUUACCAGUGUGGACGGAACGGUCUGAUGAUAUCGACCAGCGUUUGCCAACCCGUCCAUCGCCUCAGAAUUCACCCCACAGGUCGUCAACGGUGACAACAUGUGCCACAAGACCAAGUCGCCGGCAAAUUUGGGUGUCCCAGGCCGCGAUCCUGCAAGGCGCUGACAAUGAUCACGGCGCUCGACCUACACAUGAGCAGGCGCGCGGCGCACAUGAUAUUUUCCCAGCAAUUUCAGAGAUCACAUCGUCCUUGGAUCCCUUUGUCCGACUCCCUGUGCAAUUGCCCGAAUCGGACAAAAGUCUUCUUCAUUUCUAUUUCAAUUAUGGUCGAUGUUGGCUGUGGGGUACCUCUCAGACACCGAGAUACUGCGCAGCUUUGUAUACCCUCCAAACGCUCAUUGAAGAUCCGAUUUAUGUUUUGGUCGCCAUUGUCCUUGGUGAAGGCAUACUCGAUCGGUUAACUCUACGAAGUCCACGCCCUCGAUAUUAUCAUCGGCGCGCCCAAAUAUACAAGAAGGCAAACACAUUGCUCUCUGAUGAGACAGCUUCCUUCCCUCAGAAAGCACUUACCAUCAUGUAUCUAGCGAUACUAGAAUAUGUCAGUGCGCGUCACGAUCUACAGGAGAUGCAUAUCCAGGCUUUGGAUGAUUUCGUCGAGUCCAAUGGUGGUGUGGCGAUUUUCCGAACUCGAAGUGAGAGUCAUGAGAUCUUCCUCUGCAGUGCAAGAUCGUAUGUCACUCAAUUCGUUCGGGCUGAAGUGUGCCUUCCGACUAGAUCGCGGCUUCAGUCUACAGUCAGUCGCUAUCUUUACAAUUUGAGUCAAGUCCACCGCUGGGAAUCGAACUUCAAGGCGCGGCUAUCUGCAGAGGAUGUGCCUCUUCUCCACCACCGCCUCAGGCUUCAGCCGCUGAUUGACUAUCUCGAGCACUUGGGUCAGAUCAGAACUUCAGUCGAACGCACGAGAGUUUGGGACGCAGCAUCCGGAGGGCAUUUCUGCGUCUAUUCUCUUGUGAUCACUCUGGUCGAAUUCACUCAUUCACCGGACACAGUGUUCGAGUUCCUGGAACAAGUCCAAGAAUGUAUGAUCGCAAGCAUUGACAAAAGCCUGCAAAACGAAAGCGACCUCAAUGGUCUCCAUCCGUUCGCCACAGGUCAAAUGAUAGGUUACGUUCGUACACUAAUGUUCCGCGAUGUCGGCAAUGUGAAAGAGAUUCGUAUUUGUCAGGCGCAGGCAGAUGCACAGAAGGUAUUCGCUCUUUUGAGCCAGAGCCGUAGGGAUGAGCUCGUUUCAUACUUUGUGGGCAGCGUGCUCGGGUUGGCCAGAACUUCCCGGGCAAUAGGACCCAACGGCAUAGCUGCCACUGCGGCAAGUCGACAGACGUGGAGGGCCGAGACUCUGAAAGCCUGGACAGCGCAGCAGAGGACACGCCAGGAGUGA